GCAGUCCGUCCAACCCAUCAAUUCGGCGCACCAGCUAGAUGCCUGCUGUCGCAAAGCACAUGAAGCCGCUGGCGCAUACGCUAUCCCCGGAGCGUUAACGGACCCGAACCCUCGCGCCACGAGAGAUUGAACCGGGUACCAUGACAUGCUAGACGAGACCAGCCGUUUUUGAGGAGAUGGCUGCGCAGCUUUACGGAAGCAAGCAGCUAUGCGAACUAUGCACACCCAGUGCAGUCCGGCGCACAAGAUGACAGCCGCCGCAACCCGCCCCUCCCCCCCUUCCCGCCGCGGCUGCGGCGCGACCGUACAGUCCGGGAGACCGCUUUCCGACAAGCUUCACGGGCGUCAAUCCAAGAGACGGGGUCCGCCAACAAUCUCCGUUACUCGGCUCAAAACCGAAUCGAUGGAGGCCCCACACCAUUCCUCGAAGUUGACGAACCAAUCCACGCCUUCCAACCUACAGGAGGUUGACACGUCUCCGACCCCCUCCUCUUCCACUUCCGCGUUCGGCGGUCCACCGACAAACAAUAUGGCACCUAUUUGCAAGCAUCCUGGGCGUAACUCAGGUUGGGUUCCGUUAUUGAUAAGACUGGAUGGCGUACAGCCCAGCAGAUGUCAAAGGCCAUAUCGAGCACUGUGGGCUCUGGAAACAAUCAGGCUUACUGGAGGAUGCAACAGUCAAAAACCUCCGACAGAUCCCACACCACGCGUCAGUUGGAUCUCCUAUGAGAGUCGCGUCCUUACUUGUCGCUUCAUUCGCCUUUUCGCGGGAAGCGCGACGUUAGCGAUAACAGACAGACGAGGCAGGUGUGCCCACCAAUCACCCACGGGCUUACUAUUCAUCUGUGUCUCUCUUACACAAGGUACAACCCGGCCUCUACGGAACAAGUUCCUCCAAUAACAGCCCCGGCCCUGGGAGGAUUCGGUACGGCCUCAUUGGAGCCGCUAGCGCCUUUCCCGCACGGGUGACGGAGGGGAUACUUACCUAGCCCAACACCCGCCGUGCACACACCGCUGUGCCGCUAACAA